AUGGCCUCAUGGCUCAAGGCCGCGGAAGGUACGCGGAUCUCAGUUUUUCAUCCGACAAUUCUCUGUACAUCGAAUCGAGGGUGUUUUCGCGUGAUGCGUUCGUCUUGGACUCCGAUAGUGCGGUCUGUUGUAAGAUUCCUGGAGAAACUUGAUUGCGAAGAAUUGUAAUGUGACAUAAAGCGAAGCCGACGAAGAAGUUCGUUUGGAUAACCAUUUUACUUGUAAGUCGACGGCAAACGAAGAUGAAUAGGUUUCACCUGUCGGAAAUUGGCCACUUUCAGUUUGUCAGUGGUUAUCUUUUCAUUUAUAGCGCCUAAAGAGAUCUUAAUCCAAUAAGAAAGAUCGUUCACGGCGCCCGCAUGGCGCUACGGAAGCUGACGAUUUAUGCACACAUUCAUGCUGAAUUACCAUACGUGCCAGCUGCACCUUCCUUAUGACUGAAUGUCAACUGAGAAAUCUAUUUUUUUGUAAAUGGAGGAGGCGAGCUAGAUGGAGGGUUUCAACUGUGGAAGGAAGAUGAUAUCACGAAAUUAAUAGAAAACAAUUCUGUCAUAUGUUAGUCUAGAUCAUCUUUUUUUCUUUUGUUUAUUGAUGAUGUUCAACUAUCUAUGUGCUUCAAUAAUCGAGCCGUUGCACUAAGAUCAUUUGGAGUCUUCUCCCUAUUACUGCGUAUUCUGGUGAGAUUAUAAUAUUUGAAACUUAAAUUUUUUUGAUCUGUGAAUUAGAUCUGUUUGAAGUUGUUGACCGUAGAGCAAAGCUCGUUGUUAGCGAAUUGGCAGACGAGCAAUCCCAGACAUCAGGUACUUUAUAUUUUGUUUUCCCUUCAUAACGUUGCUAUUGAUAUGAUGUCUCGAAAUAAUUGGCAAAUUUUCUCUUUUUGUCUGGUAUCCUCGUACCCUUUUGUGAACUUUGCUCCUAUAGGCUUUGUAGCUCAUCUCUGACUUUCUCUUUGUGUCUUUCCAAUUAUAGCAUCAUCCAGUGGACAAGAAAUUCAACCCAGGAAGAAAAAACAAAACGAGAAGGUAACUUUGAUUUUAAGCACGUUGUCCGUCUUCUGGAGGAAAAAAAAACUAUGUUUCUACUUUCAUGCAUAAUUCAUACUCAUUGAAAGAAUUUGCAUAUAUCUCCUAUUAUGCAGAAUCAAUUGGGACGUUCUAAUAAUGAACCUCAGAGACCUAGUGGCAGUGAAGGAGAGUUGAGCAGCACAUUAUCAGUACUCUCCAGUGAAGCGUCGGCAGUGACUCCAUCUGAAAAUUUGGGGAUCACUAACGGAAAUGCUGCUGCAGAAACAAGCACAGAGACACCAUAUGCUGGCUCAAUAGAGAUCACUGAUGAUGUGAGUGGAAUUCCAGUUUCUGAUAAUGAUGCUGAAGUUACCACUUCAGUUGACAAGAUAGAUGCCACUACCGAGAGUCCCAGAAAGAUACCAGAAAUAUCCACACCAUCUGCUGAUGGCCUUGAUCCCAAGGAUGAUUAUGCUGCCCAAAAGGACAAGGUAGUUAAUGAUAAUAUCUCCUCAAAGAAUGGUCAAGAUAACUUAGAUUUGGAAAGGGUGGAAGGAGAAAACAUCAGCAGUGAGAAGGAUAACGAUGGUGCCCUAAUGCCAGAGGCUUCCUCAACCGUGAAGAAGCUUCAUGAUGACAAACGUGACAGUUUAUCAGAGAAAUUGCUUGAUCAGCUCGAUGAGGUUUAUAUUAUCUUGCACCCGCACCCCUUUUGAGUCUAGAGUAGGGGGCGUUUAUAAAUUAUAGUAGUGACUGGGAUUUGUUUGUUGUCAGGCACAGGGUCUGCUAAAGAGUGCAAUCUCUAUAGGUCCAUCAAAAGAGGCCAGAUUGGCAAGGGUGAGUUCCAUUAUGUUUUGCUAAUCUUAAUCUCGAAUGUCUGGUUUUCCGUUUUCCUUCUUUACAACUUUUCACGAUUAGGGUCAAUAUUUCACGUUCGUUCGUCGAAGGGGUACAUGAAAAUCGUCUUUUACUAUUUAAGUUCUCAUAUUUAUUUUUCUGGACAAUGCAUGGAAGAGUUCACAAAUAGUGUGGUUGCCAUUUGUCGAACAAAAAACAUUUCACAUCGCCUCAGUUUUUAGCAUCACUAGUCACAGAACAAAUAGCUUCUUGAGUGGAGUCCAUCUUCCGUAUAUGUAAAAGGAAACAUGAUCAUCAGCAUCUUGUGACCUGUCUUUUAUCCUUAAGAAAAGUCGAGGCUAGAUGGCAUUCUUUAAUUAACCUGUUUGGACAAAACUAAAGCUUUUAUCCUUCUUUGCAUACUCUCUAAAUAACGCAGAAUUUUAUCCAGUAUUUUUUAUCAUUUUUUUAUUAUUGCUUAAAAAUGUAGAAUAUAUAUUUACAUAAUGUCCUCAUACUAAAUAUUGGCUAUGGGCUGCACUUGGUCCAAUGUUUUUUUAUCCGUCAAGGAUUGGUGUUUCUCCUUCUUUUAAGGCAAAUAAGGUGGAUGAUAUCAGAGACUGACCAACGUACACAAUGUCCUGAUCCACAUGCUCAUCUACCUAUUGCAACCUUAGUAUAAAGGCGGGCAAAUUUAGAGUAUUCACCCAAAUGAAAACUUAUCCAAUCCUUAAUGUGAUAUGUGUUGAUUACUGAAGUUCGUUGGCUGAAAAUAUAAAACAAUAUAGAACAUUGUUUUCACAUAAGAAAAUGGGAAUGGGAGUGAAGUUAACUCCAUCUAAGCAGAAAAAAUGAACUACAUUAAAAUACAGGUAUCAUUACAGGAAACUACUCACAUUUUUAAGUCAUUGCAUUUUUUUUCGUGUCUUCUUCUUCUUCUUGGGUUUCUGUUGUGAAUGAGCUCAAUAUUUUGCUAUUUGCAUCUAAAUGGAUCUCAAAUCAUCACAGAUAGGAACACAUUAUAGGUAUGUUCCCACUUAAUUCGCAUACAUUUUUCUAGGGAUCUGGGAAGUCAGUUUUUUCUUCUGUUUCAUUUGGAAAUAUGAUAUGAUCCCCUUCUCUACUCUUGGACAAAGAAGGCAAAACGAACAAAGUAUUCAAAGAAAACAGAGAAAACGAUAAACAGACGGGAAUUAGUUCGAGAGAAUUCCCCACUCUCCCUUCCUCUCGUGUCCUUCUACCAUGAUACCCUCUCUUAUUCACAGGGAAGGGGUAUUUAUAUCGCUUAGCCCACUCCUUCCCUAAUGUUCACUAUAGAAGCUUCUAGACUGUUCGCUUAUGACCAACAUGUUUUGAGGGGUACUGUAUCAAAAUAUUUAUGUAUAUAUAUCUUACUAGUGAGGGUAAUAAUCAACCUCUUGUGGUUCAGUUCCAUGAUUCUUCUUCUUAUGUGUCUUUGAGGUGUAAAUAGAAACCUUAAGGUUGGUUUGUUGUUAUUGUAACUAAUUGAUUUUCUUUACUGUUCUUUCAAUACUCAACUUUUGCCUAUGAUUCAUUAAUUUCCUUUGAACGUGUGCAAGUGGUUCCCAAGUCAGAACUAUUAGUCAACAAGUUAAGAUAUAUUACAGAGUUGAGUCAGAUGAGUGUGUCGGUGAACGAUUUCAAUUCAAAUGAGUACUGGAUAUUAUGUAGAUUACAUCACAUUUAGACAUCUUAAUAAAAGCUUGUACUAUUCUGGAUUCUUACUCUUCUAGUCUCCUGGAUAUCAAUCCAUUGUUUUGACAAAUCAGUAAUAGUUUUUCCCAUUUAUUUUUCAUUUAUUGGUUGGGAACAAGAUCUGUCUUUUCAGUUUGAUGUCUAAUUGCUAGUCUUCAGGUUUGUGCUGGGCUAUCAUCUCGUCUUCAGGAAUACAGGUCUGAGAAUGCACAGUUAGAAGAACUACUUGUUAAAGAGGUGAAUUUUCAUGUUAUGCCGACGUUAUGGGCGUGCUUUUAAGCAUACCCUGAUCUAAAUGCGUCUAGAAGCACUAACAGUAAGAAUAAUUGUGUUAUUUGUGACAUGUUGCUCUAUCAGAGAGAACGCAGUAAUUCAUAUGAAGCCUCCAUAAAGCAGCUACAGAAAGAUCUAUCCUUAUCCCGGAUUGAAGCGAAUAAAAUCGAAUCAAGCAUGGGUGAUGCAUUGGCUGCCAAAAAUGCUGAAAUUGAGACACUCGCUGGUUCAAUGGAUGCUCUGAGGAAGCAAGCCUCUGCAGCUGAAGCAAAACUUGCGUCCUUACAGGUGCCCUUUCUUUAGUCAUCGUUCUCAUCUUUUCCCAUAAAACACAAAGUCAUGAUGCUUAUUAUCUAUGAAAAUAAAGCUCCGCUGGAGGAUCCCUUCUCUCAAUAGAGACAUUUGUUUAUUUGAUAUGUCAACCCCUUCUAGACGGUUUUACUGGAAUAAAACUAAUGAUAGUGUAUUGAGAGAAAUAUUUUUAGAGGGUGCCUUUAUCUUUUUCUGAUUGAACUGUGGAUUGCAUGAUUUCAUGAUUGAACUCUGGACGUUUUAUAUUACCCUUGCCAUUUGAAAUGUUUCCUUUAUGCCUGCCAAAUUUGGUUACCAAUCAUACGGUAGACAGUUUUUCCCGUUGGGACUGGUUCUGUUUUUUUGCUAUUGUAUGUUAGUUGUCUCAAUUGGUUGUUAUUGGUGAAGAUGGAAGGCAUCUUUUUCCUUGCGGACCAAUGCCAUUCUCUUCUAUUGGCUUCUUUUUUAUGUAAAAAUAUUGAGUGGAUACAUCUCAAUGGCAAAAAUGUACCAUUUUGACCAGGCUAAUAUGGAUGCUGUCAUGAGAGGCCGUGAACUAACUGAGACAAGGAUGAUACAGGUAGUUCAGGACCUCUUUUUUAUCCCCUCUCUUUUAUGGUGUAUUAGUUAGAGCUGAUCUCUUUUUUGGCAAGCCAUUGGCUCGUAUUUACUUACGUUGAGCCUGUGCUAUCUCAUUCACUAGGCUCUACGUGAGGAGCUUGCUGUCGCUGAGCGUAGAGCAGAAGAAGAGCGUAUUGCACAUAAUGCCACCAAGAUGGUAAAGAACACAUCUGUCAGGAUAUUUCGUCUUUUCUUUUCUUUUCUUUUGCUGAUUCUCGUUUGCAUUCAAAGGCAGCAGUAGAAAGAGAAGUAGAACUGGAACACCGAGCUGUGGAGGCAUCAAAUGCUCUCGCAAGAAUGCAGGUACACCGAUCUGAUCAAUAGCAUGAAAAAUAUCUAAACUGCACGGGACGAACGUCUGUUGGCUAUUAUUAUUCUUAUAUGAAUGGAUUUCACUGUUUUUCGACCUCCAUGCUGCUUGAUUCAUAUAUGAAUGGACGAACAUUCUACUUUGUACAGCAAGCAUUCUGCCCUACCAUACCACAACACUUCCAAGUAGACAUUUCUUUGAUACUUGAAUUAUUGAAAAAAAAAUAGAUAACACAUACUGAUUAUCGUCCCUGACUUUAUCCUGUUAGUAUGGAGUUAAUUGAUCAAUGAAGCACUGAAUUGACACUGUUUUCCCAGCCUCUCUGUUUAGUGUCAAUGUUUCCUCAAUAAGGUCCUGUCUAAUCUCUAGCAAUUCUUGAACAUCAGAGGUGCCCUUGAAAGAUCCCAUUGUCUAGGAACGAUUUCUCAUAAAUGGAAGCCACAACUUUAAUGUACGGAUUCUGUCUGGCAACUAUCAGCCAGAUAGCAAGUUUUAACUUCAAAACAAAAGAAAUAGACGCUAAAUUUGUUGUGUGACCUGAGUUCCCCCGUCUUUAAUAUCUUGUAACAUUAGAUAUAUUCCUUUGGCAAGAAUACCUUGUUUUAUGACGUUGCUUUCAAUAAGUUCCUAAAUACAGUGAAUACGGCCUUCCCUUUCACCUCGCCAUGAAUACACCAACGCGAAGUUUCAGUGAAAAUUAAUUGUUCAAUACGUAAACAAUCUGUUCAAUGGAAAUGGUAAGCGACUGCUUAUGUAUAAACUUAUGACCAUUUGUGCUCAUUAUCUUGAAUAUCAUCUGUAUGACAGAAAUAAUCAUUUUUGCAUUUCCAAUUUAAUAGAUAAAACUGGUGAAGGGUUGACUAAUGAGGUUUGGUUUAUCAAAUAAUGGUUGGAAAAAGAAAAAUAAGAAGAUAGAAGCUUUGUUCCCUUGUGGAACGAUGACAUUACUUUGUGUUCAAUACUGCAAUGGUCUGAGUGAACAAAACUGAAAUUUAUAAAGGAAAGUAGGAAACGUUGAUGUAAAACUUUGAAAAAAUUGUACUCUCGGAUCGGAUGACAAUAAUUGAGCAAGGCUUCUAUAUUAUGUCUAUCACUAGUGUUGACUGAAUUAUUUGAUGCUGAAGAAACUGUUUUACGGUAGAUACUCCUUUGGUCUCACAAAACUUUUUCGAGCAUGAGUAAAAUGAAGCAGGAGAUUUAUAACCAAACUGUUUGAGUUAAAGAAAAACUACGAAAUAAUAAAAUAUGCAUCCAUGAGGUCAGAACAUUGCAGACUAAGCACUCGUUUUGAAGGUCCAUGAAAAAUAAUGUAUUUGAAUUUACUGAUUAAACCUUAUUUUUUCUGUGAGAACUUUGAUAUAAUAUGAGUAGUGAAUGACAGAGGUAGCUUUAUUGUCUGUCAUUAGUUUACUUACGCUUCACUGGAAAGGUUAGCCUUUGUUGGGAUGUCUGUUUCGGUUGGAGUUGACUUCUAGACUAGGUUUUAUUGUCUUAACCAGAGGUGUGGGAUUACAGGAAUGGCUUGCACUUUCUAUUGUGUUGUGAUAGGUUAAUUCGGAUUAUUUUUAUACGUCGUUCGUUUUUAUUUACUGAUUAAUGCAUGUUCAGAGAUCUGCAGAUGAUAGCAUAUCAAGGGCAAUGGAUUUGGAGCACAAAGUUGCUUUGCUUGAGGUUAAAUUGACUUCCCCCUUUUCCUUCAUUUGUUGAAGUAGGACUUUUGAAAUGGGCUAGUUGAGGUUUCAGUGACCAUCCAUUUGUCAUUUUAGGUGGAAUGUGGAUCAUUAAAUCAAGAGCUUCAGGACAUGGAGGCUCGAGUGCGGCGUGGUCAGAAGAAGUCUUCUGAAGAAGCAAAUCAGAUUCUCCAGGUAAUGAAACCUACAGUUUUUAUUUAUUAAUAGUUUUUUCCUUUGUCAUGUUUACACCUUGUGUCUUUCGUUUACUCUCUAAUUCUCCUUUAUCAACCGCACCAUUUGUCAGUCAAUGCUCUGUCAUUACUUGCGACGUGUUCAUACCAGCUUUCACAGGUUCGCAUGGACUUUUGCAUUGACUUGGAAAUGCUCAUCCAGAAAUGGAAAUUUCAUCCAAAGAACUUGAUUAUAUUCUCAUGAUCGAGACUCUUAUUCGAAUCAUUAUGGAGAGAUUCGUCACCAAUGAGAAAUGUGUUGUAGUGCAACUAUUAAUCUUUACAACAGCACUAAUAUCAAAUCUUACCUUUGAUGUGGGUUGUCUGUGAAUUCAAAUAAAACGUAUCCUUUCAAAAGGCCUAUCCCAAGAAACUGUUUCCUGUCUGACUGGUUAUCUGCCUUCUACGCAUAGUCUGGUUUUCUAUUGCUGGUAUGGAUGGAAUUCAGAGUUGACGCCAUUGAACCCAGUGCAUGAAAAAUAUUCAGUUGCCGACUUGAACAUCUUUUUGGUGCCUGCAAUUUAAGUUUUUGAUAACUAUGAUGUAAGAACCAAUACAUCAAUAUAGAUGUACAGUUGAAAAACUAAAAGUCAUUUGUCUUUGUUAUCAUUCACUUUCAUGUUCGAUGUAAUCGAAUCAAGUAUGCGUUUCUGUGAAAGCACAGGCACAGGCAUGGCAAGAAGAAGUAGAACGUGCACGCCAAGGUCAACGAGAUGCAGAGAGCAAGCUUUCCUCUCUAGAUGUAAAUAUUUCUUGCUUUAAAAACUCCAAAAUCGACGUGAAUUUAUGUUUUUAGUUUUGCACUUCUCCGUUAUUAGGAGAUCAUAUCAAUAAUUUUCAAUCAGCAUCAAACUUUUCUUUGUUUUAAGAAAUUUUCAGGCAGAGAAACUCAGUUCAUGAUAUCCCACACUUGUUUUUCGUCAUAUGUAGUCAAGGUCGCAAAUCUGAAGUUUAGUGGACGUAGGACUAGAUCUCUUAUCCAAAGAUCUAAUCCUUAUGCUAAUCUGAUCAGAUCAGCCCAUUAAAUGAUUUGGAAAAUGUACAGGAUACGUGGGAAAUUGCAUUAUGAAUAUAUUUUAUGAGAAGAUUGCAGAUUAACCGCUAUUUUAAAAUAUCACGGUACCUGCAAUCAGCAAAUCUAGGUGAGCUAGGUCAAUUUCUGAAUGAUCCCUCUUUUCAAAUUUCAAUGGGAUUUUAUUUUCUCUCCGGGAAACAAGUUAGCUGAUACGACCAAUCUUGUAUUUUUUUUAAUAGCUUAAUUAGAAAAGUUGGGGUCUACAAAGAUCCAAGUCGCAUCCUAAUUUUCAGUUUUUUUUAGUCGCUGUGAUAGCAAUAUCUAUACCUCGCAGGCUGAGAUGCAAAAGAUGAGAGUGGAGAUGGCUGGCAUGAGAAGGGAUGCAGAACAUUAUUCACGCCAUGUGAGUUCUUUGGGAUGCUAUCUUCUUUUAACUUUUUACCAGUAAUGUCGUAUAGAACCUUAUCUCCGUAGUGCUAUUUGUCGGCACUUUUAAAUUUAUAAGAAUUUUGACAUUAUAAGUAGCAAUGAAGCUGUUCUAUAUUUUUGAAAAAUUCGUUGAGGUCCCAUCCAAUCGGUUAUUUUUUUUCUAAGUGGAAGAAACUGAUGAGAGUUUCAUACAUAAAUCUUUAAAUUUUUGUGCUCCCUUUCGAAAUAUAUCCUGAAGGUAGUAAACUUAAUAGGUUAUAAGUUUGUCAAUGAUUCAGGCACUAAUAUGAAGCUGCCACUUGUUGUUUUCUUCUUUUGAGGGCUCAUCUGAUGACUGGGUAUUAUGGUUUUUUGCAAACUGGGAACAGUGCAUAGAUGAACAAUAAAGAAAAAUCGGAAAUUUUUGUAAGUCAUUUAUUUUCUUUAAUCUUUAUAGAUAUAAGUAGCUCCGUCAGCCGCUUGUAAUAAUAAAAAUGCUCCUUCCCGCGAAGGUACGAUUUACUAUCAUGCCGAUACCAAGUUUAAUGUUUACAUGGUAUGAAAUUACUAUGCAAUGUAGGUAGUUAAACUAUUUAAUACUGGAUCUCUCGUUGAAGUGACAGUCUGAUUGCCAAUGCUGAAACUAUAUUCAGACGACGAUGUCAUUUAUGGUUUGUCUUAUUGUUUACAAUGGCUGCAAGAGACCCCCCACCCCGCCCCCCCUCCUCUCUCUCUCUCUAACUCUCUAACUCUCUAACUCUCUAACUCUCUAACUCUCUCUCUCCUAUUUGACAUCUUGCACUGGCAGACCUUCAAUGAGUUGAAUCUCCCCGAGUGAGAUGCACUCUCAUCCCUUUCCUUGGUCUUCGCAGUGUCUGGUGGUGGUUUUACUGAGAACACAGAUUCAAGACUUCUUCUCUGAAGGAAUCUCGGAUGUUCUGGGGCCCGAGCCAAAUUCUUCAUGUGCUGAGAUAUAUAGUGCCCGGCUAGUUAAGAUACCAAGUACAAUUAUAUAUAUAUGAGACCACCUAUUGUUUCUAUACAUCAUUAAAAAUGUCAGGGAACCACCUAGGUACUUCACUUACAUUUACUCUCUGUAGUAUAAUAUGCUGGUACUGACACUUAACUGAUGUGAUUUUACUUAGUUACAAUAAUAUUUUUGGCUGGAUUAUGUUGAAACAUUAUCCCAUUAAUUCAUGAAUUCCUUUCAAACAAAAAGUGCUUAUGUUUUGCUAUUUUCUGUAAGAAACGCGCUAUGGAAAAAAUGUCUGCUAGUGGCCUCCUUUGCUGAGAUUUUAUGAAACUAUGAGCGUUAGUUACCGGUUUCCAUUCGCAUCACAUGUUUCUGGAUUCACACCAGACUUCGAUAUAACAACCCCAUUAUUGAUCAUGCCUCCCAGUAACAUGCCUGAAGUUCUUGAUUUCUGUUUACACCAAACAAUGUAGACUUUUCCCCCACGUGAUGAUCAUUUGCACAUGUUUUACAGGAACACAUGGAACUCGAGAAACGAUACCGUGAAUUGACUGAUCUGUUGGUAUGCCGUGCAAUGCGUACUUUCUUGUCCAUUUAAUGGUGGAUGCUAUCAUGCUCAACUCACCAUGUAUGAUGAUGCAUUGCUUUCUAGUACCAAAAGCAAACUCAGCUUGAAGCGAUGGCUAGUGAAAAAGCUGCAGCUCAAUACCAGUUGGAGAAAGAGGCAAGUCGCCUCCGUGAAGUGCAGGUGGGUAAAUCUUCCCCCCUUAAAAUCAUCAACUCUUUCUGGGCUGUCUAUCAGCCAGUGUGUUUAUCUACAGAUUGAAGCAGAAAGAAGUCGAGUUGCUCGUCGUCCAUUGCCAUCCUGGGAAGACGAUACUGAUUUAAAGUCACUCGAGUAUGCUAAUCAACCAUCUAUUCGAAGCAUUUCCAUUCCCCCAUCAUCUACAAUUAUUUCAUAAAUUCAUUAAUCUCCUACGAGGGAAGCCUGAUUGCUUGCUCUUGCAUCCUCCUUUCAGUCCUUUACCAUUGCAUCACCGGCACAUGGCUGGGGCAAGCAUGCAGGUAAACUUACUUGAAUCUUCUUACUCCAUGCUCCUUUGCUCGCUGAAUCGUCACCAUCAGCGAUCUCCUGCAGCUUCAGCGAGCGGCCAAACUAUUAGAUUCAGGAGCAGUCAGGGCCACCCGAUUCCUCUGGCGGUAUCCAGUAGCACGAGUCCUCCUGCUCCUUUAUCUGGUGAGUGCCGGUUUCACCCAGCGCCACUCUUAUUUCCUAAAUUGGGUGAGUCAACAUCUGAAGUCAAGCUGUCCGUGCAGGUCUUUGUCCAUCUCUUUCUCAUGUACCUGCUGCACCGCCUUCAGGUAUUAUAUGUUACUAUAAAGCUCACAGGGUUCAUUUGCAUCAACCUAGAUCACCUCCGUCUCGUGCUGUGUUCUUCAGGAGCAAGCGGGUGGUUUAGAAUUCUAUGGAGCUUAACAAUUCCAGCUUACCCGGAGAUGCUUGCCGUCCGGAGCCAGCCCCGAAGUCACAGACAGGUUCCUCCCUCUGAAUUUUCUUUUCCUUUUAUAGUCCUCGUGUAAAUGUUAUCCUCUUAGCAAAGCUAUAUAUAUAUAUCGAUUCUUUACGGAUUUCUGCAACCGCUCCCAACUCUGAUUCAAAAAAAUGUGUGGUCCAUCUUAUUUGUAACGCGAGAUGAAUUACGUAUGUUUUUUUGUAAUUUCUGAGAGUGUUUCUAAUUGCUCAGAGUUUUAUAAUUAGAGUGGAUGAUGAUCGACCCUCGGAUAAGGUUCACCGUUGGUUGAAUGUUUCGUUUUUGUAAGACCCGCAUAGAAAUAUGCCCACUGAGAUGAGGUUUACAAAGUCCAUGCCCAAGUACUUGUUGCUUCUUGGUCUCUUUCUCUUCUUACUCUAUUUAGAAAAGCCACUCUAGGUUUUUUUUUUGUAGUGCCCUCUCUCUCUCUCUCUCGCUCUCUCUCUUCCCAGGCCGCUGUCCUUGGCUAGAGAGGGCUCCGUCAGCCCUUGGCUAGGGUUGCUGAGAUGAAGACCAGGUCUAUUUCUUGGACUCCUUGAUCUCCUUGAUGGCCAAGUUCUUGCUGCAUGUGGAGCGUUAACGGCUUUGACUUGUCACGGUGACCUCUCUAGCAGGCAUGCUAGUUAUGUCGCUACCUAGUCGCGCCGCCUCCAAUCAUUCGCGGCGAGUGGAGUCCGCCCCCCCCCCCGGGAUAGCUCCACCUCCCCGCUCCAUACGCCAUUGGAAUCGGCCGACGGGAUCGACGGGUCAACGAUCCGGAGACUCACGAUCGAAAAAGAGUCUUAAUUGGCCCGUCGUCAUCUCUCUCUCUCAUCAUGCAGAUGGAAAUAAAGCUAACUGCAAGCUUCUGCAAGGCUGCAUGCGGGCGAGGGGGGAGGCCGAUUUUACUUACUUCGCUCCCGAAGGUCGGUAAUGGCGGACGAGGGGGAGAAGGCAGAGAGGGCCACCGUAGGCCCCCUCCCAACUACCCGUCUACCCCUUUGUUACUGUCGCUCUCCCUCCUGCUGCUCUCCCCCACUGAAUCCUUUUCACGUGGCGAUGAUAGCCGCAUAACCCCUUUCCGGUGGACGAGGGGAGAGAAGGGACGGCCUGAGAUCUAGAGAGAAAGAGAUACGAAUCAUGGUUUGA